AUGGAUAGACCCUUUACAUCGUCCUUUUUUAUUGAAAUCAGCAGCCUUCCUGCGCUCGGGGUUCUCUAUAUGGUUCUCAUCCCACGAGUUCCUACAAAAGUGACUAUAGGUCUUUAUGGAUCAGUUGUCCCCUUGGACUUUCCGGAGGUAACAAAUAAUUGGUUCAAACAUCUACUCGAUUUAUUUUAUUCUUCUACAUGUAGGGGAUGGGUAGGUGCGUCAUCUCUAGACACUUUUUGUUGGCUUCUUUAUAUACUCGUUUUUAUUCUGUUUAUCUACUGUUGUAAAGAUAUAGUGAAGAAAUCGGACACGGUGCUAUCACUCUCCACCGAUGUCGUGUUCUUAAUUGAGAAACUUAAGCUCCAUCCUCGAACCCCUCGAUUCAAGCAGGGGGGCGAUCACCGGAGAUACACUUCCAUGCACCUUGAUGAGGAAUGGAUGGAACCUUUAUCCUUAAUCGAGUUGAAUGAUGCUCUGUUGUUGUUGUUGUUGUUGUUGUUGUUGUUGUUAUCGUUGUUUAUUGAACAAACACUUCGAAGAAGAAACAAAUAG